GUAUCAUGGGAUAUUUUUAUAAGUCAUGCCGUAUUUUGGCAAGCCCGUAGGGUGAGUCAAAAUACAAGAGACAAUUUAAAAUAUCCCACGAUAAUGUCCAGUGGGAGAUUUAUUAUUCAACUCAAGAUGUUUUAAAAUAAACUAAUUAAAUACGUAAAACGAGAAUGCGUGACAGACCAAUGUGACUCCUUUUCAAGUCCAGUUUUCACGCGCUUUAUGCAACAUUGUUGCUGAUUGGUCUAAAAUGAAAACUUGUUGAACUAGAUUACUCAGUACUCAGCAAAUUAAAUUUUCUCGGAUUUCUCGGGUAUUCUUCUGGGCUUCGGGAAGCUGUCUUUCAGAUAUUUGCAGGAAAACAGAUGGAAUGACAAGUAAUUGUGAGGCUUAUGAUGGUCUUUUGGUUCUUAUAUAAAACUGACUGCAAGAAGGUAAACUGAGCAGAGCAAAAAUUGCGAUGGAAAGACCAAAAAUCUCCUACAAAUUCAAGGAGUUUGAAAGAGCUACUCUUAAACAACAGACUUGAAACCUCAUCUUUGCCGGGGUUAGUACUAACAUACAGUCUUAAGAGAACGUGUAGAGUCUUCCAUAUCGAGUUUCGUCACAUUUUAAAAGAACAAGAAGUGAAGAGUGUGAAGCUCCUCAGCGGGGAUUAUAUUUAAUGGAUGUUGUUUGUGUCACAGAUUGCCGCCAUCACCAUCUCUAUAACACUUGUUCAGGGGACUGUUUCUCAAAAGUCCCAAUAAUUAACGGGCCGGUAAAGCUGUUGUUGUUUGCAUGCAAGAUAGAGCUUUCAAUGGCUUUGCAUCUAACAUGACUAAAACUAUAAGUUAAUGAAACAAAAUGGAAUAGUUUGCUAGCCAGGAACUGCACUCGUAUUCUUUAUAUUUCAAUUUGAAUAAUUGAUUUCGGGCUUGAAAAGUUACGUGGGCCCCAGGUCUGUUUUCAUCUUCUCUGUUGUAUUUUGAGCUUAUAAUGUUGUAUGCUCAGGCUAUUUUUGAUAAAUGUUGACAUUUCAUUGUUGUUUAGGCAACUUUAUUCUUAAGAAAAUUAUAUGGUUUUAUUCAGUUCAAGCUUUCGGGGAACGAUGCAUUUUCUGCCACGUGCGACUUUUGUAGUAAAACUGGUCAAACCUAACCUGAGAUCAGGCCCAAAUGAGCGGUUCUCAUACAUUCUCUCUAACGGCUAACGCUGAAAUUGGGCCUGAUACAAACUAUUACAAGUUUGUGCUCGUUACGGCCAGAUUUUGGCCGUAAUGCUGAUUGGCUGUUAGAACAAUGCCACAAGAUCUGAUUGGCUGUCGGAAACGCCGGAAGAUGAAAGCGCUUAUUCCUCGCGUGGUUGUUUUUGUGAAUGAUCCGCCGUCGGUGGAGAGAAGGAUCGAUUUUGCUGUCUUUUUUAUUGUAUUAUGGUCUUAUGGUAGGAAAAUAUGCCCUAAUAUGUGCCAUGGAAAUUCAGAAAAUUCAUGUGGUUGUUCAUAUCUUCUCAGGAUUUGCUUUAUUUACGGAAAGUGAGUGUAUCGCGGAGUUGAAUCCCUCUGCAAGUUGUUGACCGCUAACAAGGUGCAUUUUGAUUUACCAACAAACGGGUGCAAAUCAAAAUACUGUCCAUCUUAAAACUGGUUUCAUUUGAAAGUUUAGCUGAGAAUGACUUCUCUGAAUGGGGUACGCAAGCGGAGGCUCACUGCGAAACCUCAAUCACCAACUGUGAAGUAUUAGACGAAAAAUAUCGCAUCGCUGUUUAAGGAAUUUUCAGUGUUCACAGACUGGUUGUUUGACUACGCUUUUUGUUAAAAAUAAACCAAGAAAACUGGUGUCCUCGCUCGUUGGCUGUUUGCUUUUGUUUUUAAAGAUUUAUGUACUGAAAAUCUGGGGAAAUUGCCGAGGAAAAUAUCAAGACAACGGAAAAAUAGAGAUUUCACUAUUUUAAAUUCCAGAGUGCCUAGCCAAAAUAAAACUAGUAGAACAUUGUGUUGCCGUCUUUUUGAAAAAUGUUCACCUUCUACGCCAACAGAAGUAACCUUCGAGAUCUCCCUUAAUCUCGCAAGUUAAAUGUGAUUGUGCUGACUGCUUUAUUUUUAGCUGAAAAAAUUAACAGAUAAAAGCUAUUUUUUAAGUUAGCCAGUCUGCAUGUUUCCCAUGCGUGAAAAAUUUGCAUACUAGAAAAACAAGCAACAGAAGUAAUUCUGAUUGGCUGAUUCGGCAAAUGUCAAUCAGUCAAAAAAGUGGGCGGCAGACAUUUCGGUAAAGGUUUGUAUCAGGCUCUCUUUUCGUUUCGUCUUGCCCGCCGGAAUGUAAUUUUCAAAGCGAAACGAAAAUAGAGCCUGAUCUCAGGUUAGGUCAAACCAGUCCUCUGGAGUACAAAUACCAUGAGAUAUUUGUAUUCAUUUUAGGCGUUAUUUGUACAGUACUCUACUGAUAAAAGUUGAAUAAUAAAGCGCAAUUAUAUUAAAAGGCUUCUAGCAAUGUGUUGACACCCAUAAUUUUCCAUUUCCUUUCAAUUCCUCUCUAAUAAUUUAUUAAUGAGUCAGUAAGAUAUGUACAUGUAAAUAAAGGGGUUCCUGGAAAUAUGACAAAGUGAUGUCUGUUAAACUUCUAGAUUCGCAUAAUUGCAAUAAAAUAUAAUUACAAUAAAGUAUAAUACAGUGUCUCCUUGUGAUAAAGAGGGCCAAUAUUUUAUUUGAGAUGAGAUGGUCAGUUCAGUUACUUGUAAAAAGCAACAAGAAAAAUUUAGAGUAGCAGGGUGGAAAGAAAGUAAGUUGUACAGCUUGCCCUUUGGGUAGCUGUGGGUAGCAUGUAUAUACUAACCCAAAAGUCAUUUUAUACUAUCCUCGAAAAAAAUUUUGAUGAGCAGGAUUAAUAAUUGAUUAUUUAUUAACUAAUUAAUUACACCAUUAGUUGAUAAAUUACUUGUUCAAUUAAUUCAGUGCUGAGUGUAAGAAUAUCCUGGUAGGGACUGAUAAUCACUUUGUUACACCAUAGCAAGGUGAUUAAAGCUCAGUGUUUAUUACAAACCUCCUUUGGCAGCGAGACUAGGAAGUCUUCCUUUCGAGUCAACAUUAUUCUUAUGAGUAAAACUUGGCUUGCUCAAAAGACCUAGACUUGGAAAGUUUUGAUUUUACCAGUAAAAGCUUUCCAAGUUUUCCCAUUUACACAUGUUAAACUUCCCUUCCAAGGAAAACUUGCCUGAAUUUGUAACUGGGCUCUUAGAUUUAUUUAACUUUUGACUUGAUUUUUCCUUGUUUGCAGGGAAGCUUUUCGCAGAAGAGGAAAACUGUAUUUAGUGUUUGAAUAUGUGGAAAGAGUAAGUUAGUGUAUCUAGUAACAAUUUUGAGCAUGCAGUGCAAAUCAUUGCUUACUGGUUAUUUAAAACAUCAUAUGACAAGACAGUAAUAACAGGAUUUAAUAAGUUUAAAAAUUUGCUUGCAGAAUAUGCUUGAAUUGCUGGAGGAAAUGCCCAAUGGAGUUCCAUCACACAAAGUGAGGUUAGUCAAAAUUAAAUUUAAAAAAUAAAUAAAUAAAAAGCGGGUUCUGAUCCUACAUGUAGGUUGUUUUUCUCCUUUGUUUAAACUUCUCAGAGUCUCUCUAGAGUAUGGAAUGGGUAAUUAUUAGUAUUUAUGGGUCAAAAGUAUAGUAUGUAAGUUAAGUAUAUACUGUUCAUGCAGCACCUCUGGCAAAAACAAAGUGUACAUAAUGUCCACGGUUUAGUUAUUGGUAUUCACUGAUUUAUAAUUUGCUUCCCAUAAACGAGCUUCAUCGUGUGUCUUUUGGUAUUAUGCAUCCAAUUCAAAAUGAUUGUUUUACCUUAGUUUAUUCAGAUGCACUUUUAUGCUAAGUGCUGAAAGUUCAGUUGUAGUGUUAUGCAUGCACAGGUUCACCUGAUAAUUUGGGAUUUUUUAUUUGUAAAUUCCAAGAAAUGAAAUUGCAUUGCAUUGGAGAACUACAUUAUAUAAACCUUGACCUUUCCAAUCUUGAUUGCCAGAAAUAGCUGUCAGCAACCAAAAAAAACCCACCUACAUAGUUUUUAAUAAACCUAUGGGAUUCUUUAGCUGCUAAAUUGAACAUUAUUUAUCCACAUUCCUCCAAACAUUCUGACAAACCUGCUCUCACAAGUUCAGUUGAAGUUACAACUCGUUGUUACACUUGAAUCAUUUGCAUGUACUUAAAUUUUUGUCACUACUUUGUGACUUGUGACCUGAUUGGUCUGAUCCAGAUGACUGGAAGGUUGUAUCUUCUCUAGACUCAAUUGUCUGUGGACUCUGAUGUAAAUUACUUCCUUCACUGCCCUGGUAAACCAAUAUGGAUGUGUUUCUGUGUAUUCUUAAGUUCUUUGAUCUGGUUCUUAGGAAUAGAAUAUUCAAGUCCAGGAAAGUUUGCCAGCCCUACACUUAAAAAAACUGAGCAGGUUGGAAUUAUUGCAACACUGUAGGGUCCUAACCUCGUAUUGUUUCUUACAAAACUUAACUACGAUUGUGGCGGUUUCAGUAAUUGUUGCUAAAAUUUAUCGGGUAGUCCACAGACUUGCAUUUUGUACUGGUGCCAAACUAUGUGAUGAUAUGACCAGAAAAAAUCGCAAACGUAUCUUAAUCAGUUGAUGCAUGGAUCUUUAUAACUAACUUAGUCUGUGGUGUCUUGUUUCAUUUUCACCCUCCCAUGUUUUGUCUCCUUGAGGCAGCUGGUUUGCAAAUAAUACUAGUAUACAUGCAUUUUACAUACUUGACUCUUUUAGAAUACAUGUAAGGUCACUUCUUAUGCUUUAAAUCUUCUCUCUCUAGGGGCUAUAUUUUUCAGCUCAUUAAAGCCAUUAAGUGGUGUCACCAGAAUGAUGUGAUUCAUCGAGGUAUUAUUCCCAUUUUAAAACUUGUCAUGAUUGUUGGCUCUCCUGAAAAUAGUAUGUUUGCGUCUUAGGAAGAUCCACUUGGCAGAAUUGUAGGGGACAGUGCUGUUCCUGGGGUAUAAUGUCUUGUGCUUGAUUAGUAGGAUCAAUAUUUAAACUAAUGGUUUUCACUAUAUUAUGAAAAAAGGAAGUUGGGCUGUUUAUUAUAUUCAGCUCAUUUCAACUUGAAGCAUGUCCAAAUAGAUUAUACAUUAGUAUUCAGCCAUCAAUAGUUACUGUAAUGUGCUUUGAAGAGAAAUAAGUAAGUACUGAAUAUGUUAUUUUUGUUUGAAAUAUUGAUAGGACAGUCAUGAACACAAUUUAAAGUACAUUAAAUUACUUGAAUGGGAAAAGUUAAAUAAUAUCAUACACAGACCUAGUAGAAAAACCUUUGAGUGCUUGAUGCAAUUGAAAGGUGGAACACGAUUACUUGACACCGCAAUGAUUGAAUUAAUCUUAUACGGUAUAUUCAUUUCUACUUUUUGUUGCCAGAUAUUAAACCAGAAAAUUUGUUAAUUAGCAAUGAUGGCAUCUUGAAGCUUUGUGACUUUGGUAAGAUAAAAUAAAAUUCUUUAAGAAAAAAUAGAUGAGAUUGUAAAAGGAAAAGUUGAAAAGUAUUUGUGAAUUAAAAAUUAUUAUAAAUUGUUGACAUGUUAUGUAUGUUAUGCAUUUUACUUUCUGUUGCAUUGUUAAAAACAGUUUUUUAAAUGCUCCUGUCACCCAGCAUCAUCAAGUGUUGAGUAGAGUCUUACAAUCAACUGUUGACUGAUCAGUAUGUUUGUUUAUUAUCUAUAAGCCUGUGGUAUGAGGUCAUAGAGAGCACAUAGGUAAUUUUCAUCCACAUUUAAUCCUAUAUUUAUUAUAACCGCAGGUUUUGCUAGAGCCAUGACUGUUAAUGGCAGUGGUCAGUUUACAGAUUAUGUUGCUACUCGUUGGUAUAGGUCUCCUGAACUUCUUCUGGGGUAAGCUGGGAAAACACAUGACUUUAUAACAGCCACCUCACGUUGUCAUGCUUUUAUUCUUAAUUUUCAUAUAAUUUCUGUGCUUGACACUCAAAUGAUUUCCACACAAGAGGCACAAACUUUAAUACCCUUCUUAGAGAGCAAUUGAUGUGCUCUAGUAUUGCUUGGUGGGCCAACACUUGGACUUUGCACAACACUGUAUUAACCCUUUAAACCCUAAGAUCUAAAUUAAAUUCUAGUAUAAAAUUAAAGUAUUGAUUUACUAUAGAAGUAAUGGGGAGAAGUUGACAAAAUAUCAAGCAAAUACAUCUUGUGAUCAUGUCCUUAAUUCUCAUUACAACUUUUGUUUUACAAAGCAUCGCUAUUUCAAGGAGAAAUUUGAUGCUGAUCACUCUUAGGGUCUAAAGGGUUAAGGAAUCUUGCAGUUUCACUAGAAUAAAAAUGUAUAACUUUUGGCGACUAGAAUGCUUGCUCUGGUGACCAAAAAUGAAAACUUGGAGGCCAGCUGGCCACCGACAAGAUUUUUUUGUGAAAGUUGAGCAAUGAAGUGCCCUAGUAAAUAACACCAGAAAUAUUGUUAUUUUUAUGAAAAGUUCUUGUUUUGAAAAGGAAAAGCCCAUCAGGCAUGCAAAAACUUAACCACAAGCAGCUGCAACAUGGUAAUAAAGUCUGUAGUUUUCUUGCUUACUCGCAUUUGUUGGUCAUAACACAAUAAACUUUCCUAAAAUAUUUUAGAGUGUUCACAGAACCUUUUAUUUGGUUGAUAGUAAUUGCUACAACUCAUAAAAAUUUGGAAACUAUUGCAGGGCACCUUAUGGUAAACCUGUGGACAUCUGGGCUAUUGGUUGUAUACUGGGAGAACUCAGCGAUGGCCAGGUAACAAAGGCAUCAAUACUUAAUGUAUGAAUGCUAUAUAAUAGAGUUGCAAUUAUAUUGAUUUUCUUCUAAGUGCUUCUAAUAGAAUUCAGGUCAUGAGAUUGCAAAAAUUGGCUGCCUUUGUGUAGAUGUUUCCAACAUUUACAAUGUGUCUUCUAAGUAGUUAUUUUUGUCGAUGUUCUUGAAAAUUCUGUUGAUGAUAAUCUCAUGAUACUUACUUUAUUUUGUCCUUCCUGGUAGCCUGUCUUUCCGGGAGAGAGUGAAAUAGAUCAACUAUUUACAAUACAAAAGGUUGGUGCAUGACAAAAAAGUCAUAUUAGUUUAAUCAUGCUAUGUUUUGUGAAGGGAAACUCAAUAAUCGGUUAAUUUACUACCUGGUUAAUUACUCAGGGUGACUAAGAACAAUAUUUCUAUAAAUCUUACCAGCACUAAACCUUUGCUUAUACUGUUUGUGCUAUAAUAGACGCAUCAAAUACAAAUGAAAUGAAAUCACCGUCCCAGGUAGUUUUGAACAACUCAAUUUAAGUUCCUUUUAUUAGCAUUUAUCAGGUUGUCAAAACAAUGGUAUAACUUUCGAUAGCCAAGCUUGGUCAUUCCCAUUUCUGUUAUUAAAGUAAAUUGUGAUGAGCAUAUUGCAUUUAAAAGACAAGUUUUAGCAAAGGAAAAAGUUUGAUAGUAUCGUGGGGGAUCGAGUGCUCAGAGCCACCUCUAAAAUGUCCAAAAAAGAUAAAGUGAAAGAAAUAAAAUUUUCUUUAUAUAUGCUUUGAUUCUCCAGGAUCCUACAAUUUUAAGAAAUUAGGGAGAAGUAUAGAAACCAGUUUUAUUACUGAAUUUGACAGCCCUGAAUUACCAAAACAAUUUAAUUCUAAUAUUACUUCAUAGGUUUGUGGCAGAAUAGGGGUGUAAAAUGGCAAUAUGUGAAAUAUUUCAGGUUCUAGGUGCUCUUCCACCUGAUCAAAUGGAGAUGUUUUACAGUAAUCCACGAUUUAAAGGGCUCAAGGUAAACAAUCAUCUGAUUAGCUGUUUAACAUAGGUAAUAGAUAUUUUACAGUAUUAUGAUGCAGAGUCAAAACUAGUUGACAAAAACUAAGGUUUUCAGGGUUUUGCAGAGCUCACUAGUGCUUUCAUUCAAUUUGCUAUUCAGUUAUAUUGAUGACAUAUAUUCCCUAUAUUAUGACAUCUGCUGAAACAAAAAACUGUUCAUUAUUGGGCUGCCCAUGAGGGCAACGCCCAAUCAAGAAUUACCUUAUCCAUCUAUGUCGAAAACAGACAAAAUGGCGGGCGGAAUACCCUGAGGGCUUUGCGUGUCCCAUUCCCCCUUCAAUGGGGCCGAUUUUUGCGGGGAGGGGACGGCGAACAGAUUUGGAAGUCCGUUUUGAAACGAACUCAAAAUUAUUGCGUGGAUUUAUUGGCCCUAUAUCUACGCCAAAUGAUUAUCAAAAUACACUAUUCGAAUAAGGUAGUUAACCUGCGCGGUAGCUGUAGAAACAAUGCCCUUCCACGUCCCCACAGGAAAAGCUUCAGCUCGUUGCAAUAUUCUGUACCUGCAUGUGAAAAGUCUUUCCUUUUAAUACAAGAAAGAAAUAUGCUAUUUGUAGAUCUCACCGUCAAAUAGAAACAUAUUCACUUAGAUAGUUACAAAGGCUUUAAAUCCAGUAUCCGACAGAAAAAAACUGAAACUAAAUUUGCUCUGCGAGUUUAAAGAAACAGUUAUAUAACAAUGUUUGAAACCCAAGAAAUUGACCUUGUCACGUUUUAGAAGUAUUGAACGACAGUAAUUUUUUUUCUGUCACGCUGUCUUUUUGGGGGCAGAACUGGAUUGAAGGCGGGAAGAGGGUGCGUUAUUGUAAGUCCCAGUUAAAAAUAAUGCCAAUCGUUUCUUGUUUGAAAAGGUUAACUUACCUAUUUUUAUUCAUAGUGGUAGAAAUUACUUUUCACCCCUGGCCUAAAAUGCACAAUUGGUAGACCAAUGAACCCCCAGCAUGGGGGUCUUAUUGUGGAGAGAUGACUUUUAAAGUGUAGUUGAGGUUCAACCGUUGUAAUAUUUUAUGCUUGUUGUGACAAUGCACUAAAGGUUAAUGAAACAUCUUUCCACAGUUUCCCACCACAAUUACUCCACAGACUUUAGGAAGGAAAUAUGCUGGAGUAAUCAGUGGAAUUAUGCUUAGCUUUAUGCAAGUAAGUGUUAUGGGCUCACAUAGGCAGCUAUAUUGACGAAAUAGUUAAGCAGAAUAUCAACAAUUGCAUUGCCAAAAUGAAGGAGGGGUGCCCAAACAAGAAGCUUCCAAUAUAGCAGCCAGCUGUUAGAUGGAUACUGCUCUCGUGACUGGCCUACAUAAGAGCACACAAUCUGUGCGACUGUCUGGAAACCGGUCGUUUCCGGAUACGAGUACAGUACGCUAGUACUACUCGAUACGGUUUCGAGCAGUGAAAUUGCACAAAAAUUUCGUUCACUUCAAUUAUAGUUUGUGCGUGAACAAGAAAAACAUUUUGGGUGAAUAUUCUUCGUUCUUUAAGCCAAGGACGUGAAACUAUUUACACCUCGUCUGAGUAAACGUGUAUCGAAACGACUUUGAAAUGACCCGUAACCGAAUGUGUCAACGAGCAAAUAGUUAUCCUUCCUUUGUUCGAAAAAUAUAUUGUUUGUUUGAAGUCCUUUUGAGUAAUGCAUAUUCAAGUUUGUCUUGGGCCGGUAAAACGCCCAACAAGUACAGAUUUUGUCGAAAAAAGGUAGAACUACUCUCUACUUUCUGGAACAACUUUUAGCAACCUGCAACAGGCUGAUUUGUUGCAAGCCGGACAGGCCUGAAUGUGGGUGGUAAGAUGCGGCGCAACUUCACUUUUCAAUCCGUUUUUCAACAAUGUUACAAAACGAAAGUUGUACGUGUUUUGUUGCCCGUUUUACUUUUCCUUUAGCCUUACAUGUGUUUUAAUAUGCGCAGGCGCCAAAGGAAAUGCAGGCAUACUUUGUUGUUCACUCUGUUGAAUUAAAACUUACCUGGAUGUGUUUUUAGGCAACACUACAGCUUGAUCCAAAAGACCGAUUUUCAAUCAUUGAUGCUUACAAUCACCCUGCUUUUCGGCAAGAAAGGGAAACAUUUGAAAGUACAUUAAAGGACAAAGAGGGAGUUGAAAUGAAACAUGUCACAAGAAAGAAUGACAGUGGUGGUAAAUCACGACAUUUUACCCAUAAGGGAAGCUAUUCACAUGGUCUGAAACCAUCUGAGAGUUCACAAAGUGUAAAAACACAAGCUCCUCAAGAUGCAAAGGGUAAUGCACAUGGAAGUCUUCCUCUUGGCAAAGAUUUUAGUGAUGAAAAGAAACUCGUGAUGCAACAAAUGACAUCUAAAGAGAAACAUAAGGACACAAUCGUCGAUAAUGUACAAGUCAUGAAUACAAGUAAUGAACAUGAACCCUCGGAAAUGCCGGAGAUUUCCUCAUCUGUCACUAAUGCAGAAAUGUCAAACAGUAGCUCUUCAUCAGUCAAAUCUGUGGUUUACAGUUCUGCUGAUAUAAAACCCCGUAAUUUUGUUUCGCAAGGUGGUGGAAAUAGCAGUUUGUCAAGAACAGGUUUUCAAGCAGAGGAAAGAACUAACACAACUAAUGUUACCCAAAGUGAUACAGGUAGUGAAGAAGACUAUAAAAUGAAGGGUAAAUCAGCUGCUGCCUCUCACACCAGUCAUCUUGUUGCUGCUAAUUACAGCUUUUUUCCUGGAACUGAAGAGUCUGAGUUUGAACAACAAAAGAAUCCAAAGGUAUUCUGUAUUGUAAAGGUCAAUCAGGCUAUGUGUACAUUAUACUUGACAGCUCAGUAUCAUGUGGACAUGAACACCUGUUCAGUACGUGCGGUCACGAAGAUUGGCACUGAAACCUAUCCGAAACGUAACAAUCCACUUUUAAGACCAGUGCAGCACAGCCUCCCACCUUUACUGACAGAAACCGCUCUAAAAUCACCGUUGUCAUGUGUGAACAAAAGCCCGAUCCGAUUGGGUUUUGGUGCCGGCACAAGAGGUCCGUGGUAUAAUGUAGACAUAGCCUUAACAAACGCGAUAACGGCAACGAGAACGGCACUGGAAAAAAAACAGUAGCUUUAUGAACAACUGUGCAGUAGCCUGCGAGCGUUAGCUCUCCAUGCCGCGCGAGCGAGAGGCGUAGGACGGACUUCUCACGCGGAUUCCAAAUUGAAAGCUUGCUUGCAGGUUAAUUCUGCACGUUCAGCACCCCUUUUUGUUCAUGUUUUUGCCGUCACUGAGCGACCACGAUUUGAAACUUUCUAAUUUCACGUUUAUGGUGGCCGCGAACCCAAGACAAUGAUUUUCUUUCUUUCUCAGUCACAACUUGGAUGCAAUUUACCUCCUCCACACCAAUUCGUCAACAUUUGACAAAUUGCACAACGUGGAAUAAUAUUGAUGUAUUUAAAGAAGCGCGAAUUCACUGUGACCUUUUCGCUGCCAACGCCGUCGUGGUUUCUUUAGCUCUGUAACGUUACGUUUAAAAUGAGAAUAAUCUUGUAUGACAGUCUCACAUAGAGUGAGUCAAGAAAUGACUAUGCUUCCGGCUAAAUACAUUGUGGCUAUUUUAUGGUUUGGACAUUAUUUUCAGGCUUAUGGCUCAUCCACAAUUGCAGAGGAAAUAAGAAAAACAAAAUCUGUCAUCCUUGGGAAGAAAAAAGACAGAGAUGGGUCAGCUUCAGUCAAAUCCAGACCACAACAGCAUAUUUCAAGAAAUGAGGUUUGUAACUGUUAAUGACCUGCACUGCUGCGGGGCAAGUUUUGUAGGGUAGGCCCGUAAUCAUCUAUGAGUUAUGUUCCAGUUUCCCUUCCAUUUCCUGUAGCCUUUCUGACAAUAUGUACGAAUUGUUGUCUGUUAAAUUGUUCAGUUUUAAAUCGUUGUAUGUAUUACCAAACUUUUAUUUCCUGCAGGCCUCAGAGCAUCAAAGCAAACAAUCAGGAGGUAAUGUUCGACAGCAAGGUAAACCGGCGGUUUUUAUCUAGCUGACUUGUAACUUAAACUUUUAGUUCACAAAAUCAAGUAUAGUAUAAUUAUUGCUGUGGUUGAAGUUAUUGGUGGCCGUAUUUUAUGUUUGCUGUAAUUGUCGAAACAUAAGCGUUAGUUUGUGCCACCUGAAGGACUACUAAAUUAAGGACAGUGAGGUUCACUAGGAUAAUUUUGCUAGAAGUGAGGCGUUUAUGCUCUACCCACGAUUUAAAAGUGCUUCUCAGUCACACAUUAACACCAGGGGUAAGGGAGGCUCCAAAUACCCUCCCUUAUCACCUCCAGGAAAAAAACCUGCAAAUAUCUUCCGGUUACUGUGUCAGGGGAAAGGGAGACUGCAAAUAUGUCGGCCUCCCUAUCCCAGAGAAGAGGAGAGAUUCUAGUACCCUUGGAAUAAACACCACGUACAGAAUGAGAUGCACAAAGGAAGGAAUGCCUUCGGAGUACAGCAUGCUAAUCUCCCUUUUUGUUGUUGCUAGAUUCUGGCACUUCCAGUCGAGAAGAAGCUCUUCAGCCGAAUUUUUCCAUUCCAAUGGGUAUGAACACAGAAAGAAGAGGUUCUAAGUCAGACUUGUCAAUACCAAACUAUGAUUAUGGAGCUUCUCAUGUGAAACAGCGUCAGGAUUCACUGUGGUAAUGUUUUCUGUAGAUUGUGCAACUCGUUCCAAAUGCGACAAGAAUGGAGCAAGCUUGUUUCAGUUGAAAUUUUUGCCAACGCUAUAGGGGCUACUUCAAUUUGUCUUUUUUUAAGCUUACAAUCCAAUUUCCGACUCCAUUCUUACUCCCCAUUUUCAUACUACCUGGCUGCCAGCCUAACGGCUUUAUGGUUGUGAGCGUUUUACAACCUUAUGGCCCUUCAACUUGCAAGGCAAAGCUAAAAAGCUCGCAAAGAAAAACAGUCAGAGUGAAAACGGUAGAUUACAACUUGGUUUGUAGCAUAACCUCUACAACAAAUGUAGCGAAUGAACUGUGUUAUCCUUGCAGGAGGCAAGACUUAAGUGGAGAAGAAAACCAACCUAGGAAUGUCUCAAGCCAAGAAAAAAGAGACAAGAAGAAAAAGAGGAAAAAACUUCAGCAGGUCAGUUAAGGGUUGCUUGCCUGAUUCUCUUUGAAAGUCAUGUGUUUAGGAGGAGAUAGCUUCUCAAAUACUCUGCCGUAGAAGCUUUCUCAUUGUGAGGGAAAGGGGGGGAGGCGUUUACUGCUAUCUUUCCCCCACCCUUCACCGGUAAGUUGGCUGUGUUCAUUAACUUAUUUUCUCUUCUUUGGCCCCUGGCGUGAUAUCCGGUUGCGACCCUUCCUGCAUUUUACAAUGGGGACGGCGCAAAAAAUCCCUCAUAUGGCCUAUAUGGGGAUGUGCCGCUGAGCGUAAGGUUUUUAUCCUCUCCUUCUCAAACAGGGUAUAUAAUUUCGCGUGAGUCGGUCCUAAACGAGGUAUAUAAUUUUCGUACGAAUCUGUCCCAAUAACUUCAAGACAAGACGGUGUGCAUAUUAUUGUCCUUUUUCCUAAACAACGUAAUAGAAUUGAGGUUGUUGUCCUAAACAGGGUAUGUAUUUCUAGGAUUUUUUGUUCUAAAAUAGGGUCAGGGUUUGAAACCCUGAGCGGCUCACCUAUACCUAAAUUUUGGCAGGGUUUGAGCUAGGAUUUGAUCACUGGGGGACAAUUUCUCCCCUUGGCUAAAAUUUUGGGGGACAUUUUCAUUUUUAGGGGGACAGAAAUUUGUACACCCUUCCUUCUUAGCAGGGCUUCUGAUAGGUCUCGGACGAAAAAGUCAAAUUUCGCGGGAUUUUUAGGGACAAAUUCGCGGAAAAAUCGGCCGAUUUCGCGGGAGUUUUCGGGGCAAACUUCACCGAGAAGCAAUCGGUAAAAAACGGCCGAUUUCGCUAGAAAUCGAUCGGUUUUGCGCUGAUCAGACCAGCCUUUUUAACGUUUUUCUAACAGAGGUCAUUAUUUGCUCUUUCAACAACAAUACGCUCCAGAAAUGAACCAAUGGCAAAGCCUUUAACAUGAUGGCUAGUGCCCAGUUUUUCGCAACAUAAUCUGUUUGCACGUUUCAGUGACGAAGUUCCAAGAUAAAUUUGCAAGUUUACGGCAAGUAAAUAGCCCCUAUAGCUGAAAUAAGUUUCAAAUAUGUUGGACAGACAUGUAUUUGAUAAGAUUUCUACCGAAUUUCGCGGCUCCGCGACCGCGCGAAAAAUCAGAAGCCCUGUCUUAGAUUUCCGAAAAAAAUAACAGUAGAGCGUGACUGAAACGUAACUUUGGAAUGAACUUUAAAGGUGCGAUAAAAUAUGCUUUCCACGUUCUGUUUCAGCUUGCAACUUCUGUACCGAAAUAAAUCUCUUCGUGUGUGCUUCCUUUCGAGUUUUUUCCCUAAAUUUUGAAGGGCACAAAUUGUCCCCUUGGCCGUUUUUUAAAGGGACAAUUCCAAUUGCAGUGUGGGAUUGGCGUAAUGGCGCGGCCUGGCUCAAACCCUGAUUUUGGUCGAGUACCCCGUGGUGGGGUAGGCUAUUUCAGCUUUUGGUGGGAGCAAGGCAGUGGUUGACUUUUCGUUUCUUCUUAGUCGUAGAGGGUCAAUAAUUUUGUGUUUUUUGUCUGCAGAUGUCCAGUUUGCCUGCUCAGUCCAAGCAUCAUCCUUUAGAAUCACAAGGGUAAGCAAACUUUUAGGCCUUGUGACGAAAACAGAGUUUAUUCAAUGUUAGUCAACAAAACCGCGUUUUGAGUCUUUUUUCAUUUUGGCCAUCCCAUUGUCAAGACGUUAGGUAGCCAAGACUAAGAACCUUCAUCUUCGUUGUAAUUACACGCCCUUAGCCUUAAGUGUGAAACUCUUAACCUCUGAACGUGUUUUACUGUUAGGCGCGGGUUUAAUUUAUCCCUCAUCGAUUUCUCUCCGCUCCUGUUACCUACACACUAACCCCUGAAGCAGAUUUUUUUCCAUCCCUGCCGAGUCUUAUCGACGUUUAUAACACUUUAUGUUUAUUGGAUUAAAAUUCCGAGGGAAGAUAUAUCAAUAACAAAAGGUUUCUUUUUAUUAUUUUUUCCUUGUAGCGAAUUAAGCAGAAUGGGAGAGUGGAGUAGAAGCACCGAAGUGCAGGUAGAAUACAAGAGAUUGCUUUAUUCUUUUCUGCUGAAAAAGAAAACUGAAAAACUAUCCGGCAUUUUCUUGUUUGCAGUCUUUUGAUAUGCGUCCGCAUAAAGCCAUCGGAAAACUACCUUCCAGUGAAAAGGUACGUUUAGAUUGUGCUACCAGCGUUAACUUUAUCCCUGGUCAUGUUGAGGCAAGCCUUCUUUAUCUCUUAAUGAACCGAGUACGUUUGGGGUUUGAUUUGAGUGGCAGAAUAUAACGUCGUUGUUGUCAAUUCACUCAGUCCCACGAGUUACAAUUUUUCAUCGAUCGUGACAACUUUCCGUCCCAUGCGAAAUUGACAGAAAGUAAAAGUGGCUGGAAAGUUUCUCAUUGGCGCGAUUCAUUUUUCCUUCAAAAUAACGGGGCUUGAAGAAAAGAGGACCCUGAGUGACUCCCACCAAUUUCCCGUAGGAUGGAAUGUCGUCUUGCUUGAUCUGAUAUGGCGCUUUCUUAUGCUGUAUUUUUAUAGUCCUUGUAGAAGAAUUUCAUUGUGAUCUGAUGGAAUUUGAAGGUUCAGAAUAACUAAAAACAUUGGCGUCCUUUUAUUUAUUUAUUUAUGUUUUUAUAUUAGAAAACAAUGUUUUUCCCUAGCUGCCUUGUUCGUUAAAUGGCUCGUUUUUUAUUCAGUGUUUUCUUUUGAACAGGCUGUGUCUCACCUUGGGCCACUAACAAUCAGUGCAUCUCACAAACCUCUUGGAGAAGUUCGCCUUCAGCCUCUUCAGCAUAAAAACCUCGCUCAUCUAACACAUAACACUUAUCCAACCCACAAACCGCCGGCAGCCAAACGUGAAAGUCCUGAAUCUCGUACUUUCGGUGCUCUAUCCCCCUGGGCAGGACAAUCCGCUUUGUCGCUUCAAGGCCACAUUCAUAAACAAACGUUAUCAGAACCAGUGAAUUUCACUUUUUCGGACAGACCUGUCAGUCCUUCUACUGAACAUUUAGCGCCCUUACCGAGAAAAACUUCCCGACCUGCGUCAGAAAGCGAAAUUGGAAAUGAAGAUCGAGACACUAAGUUGGGAACUCCAUUUACUGGACUGAAACCUCUGACUCCUCCUAAAGAGAUAACGAGCAAAUCAGGAACUCGUGUACCGGAUUUAAACAAGCUGGAAGAAACUCCGUUAUAGCAUAUGCUCCCACCCGGAAAACACAGUGAACACCGUUUUACCUGCAGUGUAAUCUUGUCAUGGGUGUAUAUGGUUAUUGUCGUUGACCUUGAGACCUAUUAAUGUUCGCAAAAACACAGUGGAAUGAAGUUGAACACACGACUCAUUGAACCCCAACAUGCACACACCGUUAAACACUUUAAUCUUGCUUUGAUACCGGUUUUGUGGUAUUCAUUGAACAACAGCUCUUUGUGGUAUUUAUACAGUUCCGGCAGUUCAUGCAUGGGAUCAAAAACCUAACGACAGGGAUUCUUUUUCAAAGACCUGGAGCAAGUAGGCUUUAGCUGUCUUUUCUCGACUUAGGUAGCCAUUUUGAUGGCCGCGUGUUUUGCUUAAAGGGGCUAUGUAACGAAGAUAUUGCUGUUUUAGGUCAAUUCUGUGCUAAAGUCAUUACUCAGUGUCUUUACUAAUUCACAAACUGCUCCUGAAGAUUUAUGAUGAAGACAUCAUACAUACAGCAUCAGGGGGCGCUAACGAUCAUUUUUUCUAUUAUUGUGCAGGCAAAGCAUUAAAACUAGAAACUCCUUGCUAUCCGUUGCAACAGACCAUAGGGAACAUUUUCCGUGCCUAAAUGAAGUCUUAAAUAACAAAACUGGACCAUUUUUUUUAGAGUUCAAUUGAUGCGCCGACAAGUUUUAGCUGAAAAAAUGAUAGCAAAUAGCGUGACAUAGACCCUUCAAAAUAGAAUUUGGCAAAUCUUUGCGGAUAGUCUACCACUCAUGCAGUAUAGGAACUUUUAUAUAAGCUUGCGCUGUUGAAACGUUUAAGGGCUUGUUUACAUGCAUGGAAGUGGGGGACCCCAGGUAGGUAAAGCAACCCGGUUUAUAGAUAGGGUAACUCGCCUGUCCAUAUAAUCUCUCAUAUGGUCACCCCAACUAUGAUGUAAACGUGAUCAAAUUGAAAUGAGAGAUUAUAUGGACAGGCGGGUUUCCUCACCUACCUAGGUUCCCCCACCUCCAUGUAAAAAUGCCCUAAGUUAACGUUUCCUCGCAUGUUCAAGUCAUAACUGUAAACUGAAUAAAGGUUAAUGACUUUGUUUUCUUGGUUUUUCAAAACCAUCCAGUCCAACCCUGUUGACUUAAAAAAGUUUCCUUUAUGGAUGGCUUAGUAUCGUUCCAUUGUUAAUUUAUUCGUUUUUACGUAAACUACGAGAGAAAAUUGUACAGCAGGGUGGCAUAAAUGUUAAAAAUGACGUAUGCAGACAGAAUUCGCCGCUCGUCAGGAAUAUGUUUGCCCUUUGAUCUCACCAAGACGUUUUUAAAUGUUAUAGGUCAAGCAACGGUAUUGUAGUGAAAAAGAGUUUUUGAGCCGGAAUGCUCUUAGAGGAUCUUGGAUUUUUUCAGUCGCCGUUAUUGUCAGUAAUGUUUCUCAAAUAUUGUAUGCCACGUUGCUCUGGCGCAAGGUAAAUACCUUCAUUUCACUCUUCUUGUCUUUUAGGUGUAUCUAUCAUGAGUUAUCAUCAUGUCUGUCCACGCCGGAAGGGACAGAAGACCGUAAAGUAAAUACGCUACCUUUAAGUAUACUUUUAGGGUAUGGUUCGUUUAAAGUUGUAAAUAUGUUGAGGUGUAGCGAAGUGUCUGCUGCACACACGUUAUUU